UACUUUCGAAAGGGCUGGUUCCGGGCUGAGCUGAGCGCAAGUCGAAUCUGCUGACAGGGGUCCUGGGGCCGCGGCUGGGGAAUGAAGGGUCCUGAGGGGGAGCACAGAGCCUCCCUGAGGCUGGGGGCUGCCCCCCUGGAGCCGGGCACCCGAGGCUGAUGACAUGAGCCUGACCCUGUACCUGCUCCUCCUGGGGCCCCUGCGCUGCUCCUUGGCUGCGGCCCCGUGCAAAGAGGAGGAGUAUCCGGUAGGGGCCGAGUGCUGCCCGAAGUGCGGCCCAGGUUACCGGGUGCAGGAGGCCUGCGGGGAGCUGACCGGCACGCUGUGUGUCCCCUGCGACCCGGGGACCUACACGGCCCACCUCAAUGGCCUGAGCGAGUGUCUUCAGUGUCGUGUGUGUGACCCAGCCAUGGGCCUGGUGACCAGGCGACAGUGCUCCAGAACAGAGAACACCGUGUGCGUCUGUGACCAGGGCCACUUCUGCGUUAGUGAGUCGGGGGACGACUGUGCGGAGUGCCGUCCCCACACGGCCUGCAGACCGGGCCAGAGGGUACAGCAGAGAGGCACCGAGUGGCAGGAUAGGGUGUGUGAGGACUGCCCUCCAGAGACCUUCUCGCCCAGUGGGACCCUGGAGGAGUGCCAGCCCUGGACCAGGUGCAACGGCCCUUUUCAGAGCCUCUUAAAUGCUGGGACCAGCAGCUCCGAUGUCAAGUGCUCCUCCUGGAGCCUUUCUCUUUUUGUGGGCUUGACCUUUUCCGUACUUCUGCUUGGUGGCACAAUACCCAUAGUCGUCUGGCUACUGAGGAGAAGGAUGAAAACCAGACGGUCACCUGGGGGACCCGCCAAGGGGAGACUCUUACAGGUCCCGCAGGCCCCGCCGGACGUCACCACAGUGGCUUUGGAGGAGACGGCAUCCGUGUUUCCCGGGAGGGACCAGCCCACCGAUCGACGGCUCUAGGAGGAGGACGUCUGAGACAUCUCGGGCUGUGCCCGCUCGAAGCCGCCAGGCCCCCGAAGGCUGACUGUGGGCCCUCAGACUCGACGCAGCAGAGGGAUACCGGCCGCCGCUCAGGGGGCUCGGGGACCUCACACGCCUCCCAUCAACUUCGCGGGGGCCCGCCACCCUGCCACCUCUGUGCUGUCCACGUGUAGACCCAGCCCUGUGAGGACACCACCACUCUUGGCUCCAAGCCCCACUCACUCCCAGCCCCUGUGGGCCUCGGCUAGCUCGUCUGUAGGAUGGGCCUGCCCGCACCUACCUCACAGCUGCGGCGACACUGGAGAGACCACGAAUGCGGCACGACACGUGACUGUCACGUUUGCAAGUGAUUUCUAAAUUGGAGGUGUUUGUUUAACAAAUACAAAAUUGCUUUUUAAUUUCUCGUUAAAAAGUAUAUUUUGGAAGGAUGUUUUGAGAGUAUGUAAACCUCCUGCUUCUCCCAAAACUUUCAUCCACUGAUGAUUUAAAAGAUUUUUUUUAUUAAA